AAAUUAAUUUUAUAUAGAUGUUGAGUUUGUGAAUUCGCCUCAAUACUUAUUUCGUGAAUAAAAAAAUUAUAAAUUUAUCAAAAGUUUCAAGAUGCAAAUUUAAAUAUGAUAUAUCACCAAUCUAAUGAAUUCAUUUGUGUUUGUUUAUUUGCCGUUYUACUAUUUUAUAUCCCAUAUACAAAUGGGAUAAAUAACAAUUAUAUUAAAAUGUUUCCAAAAAUUGGUGAAAAUGUUACACUAAAAUGUAACAGUAAUAGUAUAAAAWAUUCUGAUGUGUUGUGGCAAAUGAAUCAUAAAGAAUUACCUGGUCGAGCUAAAGUUAUGGAAAAUGGAGAUUUAUUCAUCCCAUCAUUUGAUAUACCGGAUGCUGGCAUCUAUAUUUGUGAUUUAGCAGCUGCUAGUGGCUAUGUUGGGCAUGCUCCGCUGACUGAAUUUGAACUAAAACCAAAAAGCGUACCUGGAUCCUUGAUAGAUGUUAGAGUYAUACCUAAUACUGUAUUAAUACUCAUWACAUGGAGAGAAAUAGAAAACAAUGAUGGAUCUUCUGUACAGAAUAUAACCAUAAGGUAUAAAACUAUAGAUGACAGAAGUUCAAGAGAUGAUUGGAGUAUUCUUCAAGUAAAUCCAAAUAAGAGUUGGAAAAACACCUUUUGGAAGGCAUUGAUACAUUUGAUACCAGAGCGUGGACAUUUGCAGUAAUUGUAAUCAUGAGCACCUUUGGUAUAUUUGUAAUAGCAUUGUGUUGUUUAUUUGUAAAAGAUACUAGGAUGCAGAAAAGUAAGUAAAUUUAACUUCAAACUUAGUUAAGUUAGUUAUAUUUAGUGAAAUAAAUAAAGAAUUAAUUAAUUAGGAAUACUUAAUUACUUUAACAUAAAAAAAAUCAAUACAUUCAAAGUCUUAUUUUUCUUGUAAAUAAAUCACUGACUCUUGUAUUAUUCAAUUCAUUUUGAAUUUAGAGGAAUUCACUUUUUAAAAGUAUGUAAUUGGGUAUUAUUUGAACCCAAGAAGUGGCAUAGAUAAAAACAGUGACGUAUUUAAAGGAGGAUCUAGUGGGCUGCACUCCUCCCCCCGAAAUUACUAUCAUAACUGUUAAAUAUAUAAUAGCCUAUAGGUCAACGGUUGGCAACUGGCAGACCGCGGUCUAAAUCGGGACCGUGGAAGACAGAAAACUGUACAAUCAACAUAUCUUACAAUUUUUUUGUCCUCAUAUUAUACUGUUAUAAAAAUAUAAAGAUUUAACUCUAACAUUUWUUCUGGACCUCAUUUAUUUAUUAUUUUAAUCUUCCAGGCUCCAAUAGAAACUACUUGCCGACCUCUACUCAGGUUGCUAGAUCAUUUGUUAGUUACUAUGUAUUGUAGMCCACCCCAAAAAUUAUUUCUAUACAUGCCACUGGACAGAAAUUUAAUAUAUGAGGUGAAAUUGUGACUAAUCUGUAAAAAAACUGAUACGGAAAU